AACAGCAACCUCUUCUUCCCAAAUCACAAGGCUCAUCUAUUCAUGUAAGUGAUUUUUUAUGUGAAACAAUUGGUAGAUUGUGUUUAGGUGAGAAAGAAAAAAGAGAAAACAAUCAAUUGGCAGAAAAUUUAAAAUUACCUGAAGAAGCUUGUAUUACUAUAAAACCUGGAAGUG